UUCGGUUGUCGUCGUGAUCAAAAUGGCGGGUAUAUCUUUCGAUGUGGGGAGAGAAGAGUAUCACUAUUUUUAUUUUACAAUAAUGUAAUUUUUAACUCCGGAGAUCUAUUGCUGACACCUCCAUUUGGACAAGGAACUAUCAGCCAACAUGUGUGACGUGUGUGUGGACUUGCUGGGGAUUUUACAGUCCUAUGAAGGGCGGAUGAUAGCAGCAAAGCCACCGCGAAUGAGCAAGGACGAGGCCCUGGCACUAGUGGGCUUUAUACAGACAUGGCAGCAGAAGCAAUGUGGCUGCUGUUUCAAAGAUGCCAGAAAUGUGGAGAAGUUUAACCUCCUUUUACAAGGACUGAUUCUUGUGGCUUUGAACAUAAUCAAGACUGCUUAUCAAGAAGUGAAAGCCAAACAAGAAUGCUCAUCUUCAGUAAAACAAGAAGUAACACAAGGGAAAACGGAGGAAGAAAAGGGGGAGGAAGAAAACAAGGAAGAAGGUGUUGUUAAGAAACAAACUGAGGAGGGGGAGGAGAAAACAGACCAAGAUAAUACUGGAGAUGUAGCAAUGUCUGAGGAAACAACAGAAGAGACUGCUAAAGAAGAAUCUGAUGAGAAGAAUGAAGGGGAGAAGGAGGUUAAGAAAGAUGGAAUGGAUGUCAGAUGGACUCUCGAAGAGAGAGAAGGCCUUCUCCAUUGUGUGGCAAAAAUCUACCAAAUGCAGUUUCCUCUGUAUACCAGCUACAAGCACUACUUCCACUUGUCCGUUGAGGACCUGUCUCAACAGGAGGGGAAUGCAUUAGGAAACUACUGUGAUAUGAAUGAUGUGGACGUGCCUGUGUACCUGCUGAAGAAUGUUUACCACCUGUGUGAGCACGGGGGCCUGCUGCUGAUCAGGCAGUGUUUCGAGCAGGUCACCCCCGAGCUCCUGCCCUUCCCUCUGGCCCACGCCAUGGUGGCCCUCGUCUCUAACGUCCGCGUCUGGUUACACCUGCCUGCCGUCAUGCAGUACAUCCUGCCCAUGAGACCACAUGUCAUCAGAUACCUAAUCAGAUUAUCGGAGAAGGACCUGCGGAUGACGGGGGCGCGGAACAUGGCGGACCUGAUGUGGAGCGCGGUGAAGGAGCCGCUGGACUCCCAGCUGGGGUUCGACAGGGACAGCCUCGAGCUGGCCUUCAAGUACUUCACCUCACCUACACUCACCAUGAGGCUGGCCGGACUCAGUCAAGUCACCAACCAGGUUCAUGUUUUUACCGAGAUGUGCAACAAUGACUCCAUGGUAGAUGUUGAAAGCAAUGAGCUUGCUGAAUGGCUUGUACAGAAUAAGAUUGUUGAACAUAUCUUUGGGCCCAAUAUGCACAUAGAGUUGGUGAAGCAGAGCCAGAUGGUUCUGAACUUCAUGGCAGCAGAGAGCUGUCUGACAUCACAACACCUGGACUGCAUCUGGGCAGCUGCACAGUUGAAGCACAGCAGUAAGUAUGUGCACGAGGUGAUCUCUGCCCUCAUCAAGCACCUGGAGCCUGCCCUGCUGAAACACCUGCUCAAACUGGUCUCCAGUCUCCACCCAUCACAACACACCGAACAGACGCUGUACCUGGCCUCCAUGCUGACUAAGGUGAUCUGGAGUAACGCACUGUCGGCUCACAUGAUGCAGCAGUCACAGCAGGCCAGUCAACCGGCAUUCACACAGAUGCUGAAGAGCACUCUGGACAAAGCCUCCAUCCAUCGGCAGGCGGACCAACAGAGCACCAGCAGCGGGGACAACAGCGUCAGCGCCGAGCCCAGCCACAGCGGCGGGAGUGACGCGGAGCAGGAGAACGAACACCUGCACCACCAUCACCACCACGUGCACCACCAUCAUCAUCACGGGGACGGCAGGGAGCGUAGACAGGGCCACAAGCCUGGACACAGGCUGGCCCAGGGGCAUGAGGACCACGAGCCCAGCAGCCAGGAGGAGUCAUCCCUGGAGCAGAGCCUGGACGUGAGCCGGGAGACGCAGCCCAGCGCGCAGUCCGACGGCAGCAGCAGCGGCGAGGAGGAGGGCGAGAGCGGGCAGGAGGGCAGCUUCAGCAGCGAGCACAGCACGCACAGCCGGGGCAGCGACGGGUCCCAGGGCAGCCGCUCUGAGGGCUCCAGCACGGAGGUGCCCCGCGGGAGGCACCCCAGGGCGGGGAGGAAGCGCGCAGACAGCGAGCAGACUGAGAGCACCAGCAGUGAGGAGGAGGACAGCCCCAAGCAGAAAGGGGCCGUGGCAAAAUCCCAGAAAAAGACGGUCAAAUCAAAGAAGGGUGCAGAGAAGAAACAAAGGCUGGCCAAAGGGGUGGUGGAAGACGAGAGCAUGGACGUCAGUGAGAAGGGGGAGGAGAAGGAGAAGGGAGCUCAGGUGGUGACGGCACCAGCAGCAGAGAAGACAGCAGCAGAAAACGAAGAGGAAGAGGAUGAUGAUCCUCCCACCAUCACCACCAGCACACCUCAGAAGAAGGACAAGGACUGUCCCCAGCUGACCCAGGAGGAGCCCAUGCUGAGCCAGACCUCCCACUCACAGGACAUGCUGGAGGACAGCAUGGAGACAGAGAUCUAUGACUGCAGGGGAUUCAUUCACCACACCAGGAGUAACCUGAUGGAGGACAUCCUGAGUCCAGAUGAGAUCAGCUGCAGCAGCUCACAGAUCAGUAACAAGUCGGAGAAGAACAUGGCAGACUUCGAGGGGGAGGACUCUGGGUGUGAGGAGGAGCUGGCACAGAUCAACGCUCACGCCCAGCUGAGCUCACAGAUGCACCAGCACCUGGCCAACAUGGCUUCCAUGUACCACAGUCACUUACCUCAUCAAGGACACCUGCACCACCACCAUCAUCACCACCACCAGUCUCCGGGCCGCCACAAGAAACAUGCCAAUGAGUUUAACUUCGAGGAGGUGUGCAAGCCGACCAACACACUACUCUGGGAGCUGGUGCAGGACCACAGUGCUGUCCAUCUGGGUGAAGGUCUGGCUGUAGAGGCUGAGAAGCUGCUGUGUUCGCUGGUGUGCUGGUUCACAGACAGGCAGAUCAGGAUGCGCUUCAUCGAGGGAUGUCUGGAGAACCUGGCCAACAACAGUUCUGUUGUCGUGUCCUUAAGACUACUGCCCAAGCUGUUUGGCUCCUUCCAGCAGUACAGGAACACCUACGAUACCCACUGGAUUACCAUGUGGGCAGAAGAGCAGCGUCAAAUGAUGCACCACUUCUUCAACAACCUGGUAGCCUACACCACAUCUGCCAAGGAGGGGAAGGCCCCAAAGAACCCUCUGUACACCCACAUGACAGAAGUUCAGGCCAGACUCCAGUUUCUCACCUUUGUCUUCUCAUCAUUAGCUUCUCCUGAAACAUUCCGUUUGACCCUAGAGCAGGUGGACACCCUCUGGAACUGCCUGGCCACGGACCCUGAGGUGGGGGACGAGGCCCUGAACUGGUUCCUGAACCAGGCGCGCAACAAGGACCAACAUGCCAUGUCCCUGGACACCUUCAAACACAUCUUUGUGGAAAAGAUGCCAGGACUGCAGCCUGAGACCAUCACCAUGACCGGUCUGAACCUGUUCCAACAGUUGUGCACGCUGGCCAGGAUGGUCAGCCCCUCUCCUGACAUGCCUGCCCUGGAUGACCUGGGUAUGCAGCAGCUGUGGGGGAUCGCCCUCAGAGCCAGGGACCCUGAUGUCAGCCAGGCAGCCAUCCAGUACAUCAACAACUUCUACAUCAACGCUGGGAAUGGGAAUCUAGAAAGGGAACAUGAGUUUGUGAAGAGGUGCAUGGACAGUCUGCUCAAGGUGUCAGCCACACUCAACAGGUGCCCAGGCUCCAGUCUCCUGGUCCUUGAGAGAGGGUUAGAUCUUCUCAAGUCUCAUCUGGAGGUCUUCAGAAGAAGGUACACGUACCACAUGCGGAUGUGGCAGCUGCAGGGUCGGGGGAUCCUCAGUCACCAGAAAUACUUCAACAACAGGAACAACUCCAAGAUCCACGUGGUGUGUCAGCCUGCUGGCAUGACAGACAAGCUGACCAUCGAGAUGGACUCCCAGGACCUGGUGGCUGACCUGAGGGCGGAGGUCACACACUGGUUCGAGCACCUGUCCAGCCAGGGUCAGGUGCCCAGCUCGUCCCAGGACUCCUCUGCGGCCAUGGCGGCCCUGUUCGGCAGCUCGCUGCAGGGGCCGGUCCGCAUGAUCUCCCAGGGGAGGGAGCUCACCGCUGAGAACAUGGACGAGAAAACUCUACAGGAGAUGGGCUUCAAGGACCUGCAGCUGGUGUUUGUGUCUGUGGGUAACCCCCGUCCCCAGAGCAGACGUCAGGAGAGUUUCCUGCUCCCCCCCUCCCUGCUGCCGGAGCCCCCGCGGGACAACCUGCCCAUGCUGCUGCUGCUGCGCGAGCCGCACUUCGACAACCUCAUGGACCUGCUGCAGCUGCUCAGCACAUGGGCCUGUCCUGGGAAGGAGGGAGACAGUGAGGAGGUGAUGAAGGCGAAGCUUGCGCUGGAGAACCGAGGACAGCUGCUGUCCCACAAGGUGUGGGAACUCCUCAUGCUGCUGCCCACCUGCCGGGACCUGCUCAACGCCUUCACACGGGGCGUCAGGAAGGUCUCCCCACCAGCAGAGGCAGAGGACGCUGAGGCCGGCGGCAGUGAUGACCAGCUGCCGGCUGACCACUGGAGCCGGACCCUGGGCCAGGACAACCCUCACAAGCUCCUGUACUGUCUGCAGAUCAUUGAGUCCCUCAGUAAACCCAGGAGGUCCAGACAUAGGUCCUCUACGGGGAGCCAGUUAGGAGGAGGAGACCAGUACAGUGUUGAGCUGGAGCUGCCUGUAGAGGGGCUGCAGGUGGGACCUGCCUGGACACAACAUUUCAUCUCUACUGGGGGUCUGCAGCACCUACUGAGUAUCUUUAUGUCCGGCUGCCUUCAAGCACAGGAGGGGAAGAGAUGGAGUGAGUGGCAGCAGGACACUCUGGCCCUUCUGUUAAAACUUCUCUACCACUUUGCCAUGGAAACUCUGGAGAUCACGCCCAGUUCGGAGGACAGUGUGUUCGAGGCGGACACCAGCGGGGACUAUGAGACCCCCAGGAAACGGUCCCGACACAGCCGCAGCAAGAAGUCCACGGGGGACCACGAGAAAAGUUCAGUGCCAAAGAUUCGAUCCUCGGUUCUCCAGAUCAUGGACGAGAACCCGAUGCUUGAGCGGCUGAUGAGCGUCCUGUAUGAGGCGGCGGCUCCGAGCGACGCGGGCAGCGUGCUGAGCGUGUACUGGGGGAAGGCGGAGGUGGUGCGACACGGCAUGAGGCUGCUGGUGUCCUGGGUGUGCAGCGUCCCGGAAGUGGCCAACUCGCUGGCCAGGACCAAGCAGUUCCAGGCCUGGCUACAGAGACUUGUACUGGAUGCACCAGAGCCCACAGUACGACGUGAGGCGUGCAGUGGCCUGUACAAGCUGUGCAUGUCCACCACCAGCGAGAGUCACACCUUCAUCUUCUCCCUGCUGUCUGCCCUGCUGAGUUUCCUGUCAGCAGCACAACUCAUCACACCACCACUAGAGCCUCCUGAUGAUGAGAAGGGUGAGCUGUACGGCCCAGGGUGUAAGGAUUACUUCUGGCUGCUGUGCCGACUGGUGGACCACGCCAUCAACCCGGAGGUCCUCCACCAGGCCCAGGAGGACAACAUCGAGAUCGUGGACGUGGACACGCUGGCCAGACAUCUGGCAAAGUGCAUCUCCGCCAGGAAGAUCCACGAACAGAGACACAACACCGUGGACGACGAUGCCCUGUGUGGGCUGCUGAGGCUGUGCACGGCUGUGGCCAAGCACAACCCUCCGUUCAAGUACUCCAAGCACGGCCAGGAGCUGGUCAAGGUGAUAUUCGAGUGUCUGUUCAAGCUGCCCACCAUGGAGGACAGGGACCAACCCAAGUGCAAGUCGCAGAACUGCCGCUCGGCGGCGUACGACCUCAUGGUGGAGCUGGUGAAGGGCUGCCUGGACAACUACAAGCUGCUGCACGGGAAGAUGAUGGCGCAGCACACGCAGAGCGUGCACGCCCCGUACCCGUGGAACUACUGGCCGCACGAGGACGGGCGCUCCCCGUGCGGCUUCGUGGGGCUGACCAACCUGGGCGCCACCUGCUACAUGGCUUCCUGUAUACAACAGUUGUACAUGAUGCCCCAGCUGAGGGCGGCCAUAUUGGCCUCCAAGGUCAAAGAGGACAUACAGAACGUGGCCACGCUGAUGGAGCUGCAGAGAAUGUUUGCCUUCCUUCUUGAGAGCGAACGGAAGGCGUACAACCCCAGAAACUUCUGUAAGGUGUACACCAUGGACAAACAACCCAUCAACACCGGAGAGCAGAAGGACAUGACCGAGUUCUUUACUGACCUCAUCACCAAACUGGAGGAGAUGGGACCCGAGCUGAAGGACACCGUGAAGAAGUCCUUCGGAGGCGUCAUCACCAACAACGUGGUGUCUCUGGACUGCACGCACGUGAGCCGGAACCUGGAGGAGUUCUACACCGUCAGGUGCCAAGUGGCAGACAUGAAGAACCUAUACGAAUCCUUAGAUGAGGUGACCGUGAAGGAUACUUUAGAAGGAGACAACAUGUACACGUGCUCCCAGUGCGGCAAGAAAGUGCGGGCAGAGAAGCGGGCGUGCUUCAAGAAGCUGCCCAGGUACCUGUGCUUCAACACCAUGAGGUACACCUUCAACAUGGUGACGAUGAUGAAGGAAAAGGUCAACACACACUUCUCUUUCCCCCCCAAGCUGGACAUGAGCGUGUACACCGAGGACUAUCUCAUGGGCGAGGAGGGCAGCAGGCAGCAGCUGGAUGGUUACGAGUAUGAACUCAUAGGGGUGACGGUGCACACGGGAACGGCAGACGGGGGGCACUACUACAGCUUCAUCAGGGACAGGAUAGGGACGGGCGACAAGUGGUACCUUUUCAACGACGCCGAGGUCAAGCAGUUCGACUCCACACAGCUGGCCUCGGAGUGCUUCGGAGGAGAGAUGACGACCAAGACGUACGACUCGGUCACGGACAAGUUCAUGGACUUCUCGUUCGAGAAGACGCACAGCGCCUACAUGCUGUUCUACGAGCGGUGCCAGCCCGAGGAGGAGCGGCAGAGGGAGAUGCCGGAGAAGUUCGACCUGUCCAAGGACCUGUCGGAGUGGAUCUGGCAGGACAACAUGCAGUUCUUGCAGGACAAGAGCAUCUUCGAGCACACCUACUUCAACUUCAUGUGGCAGAUGUGCAGCUACAUUCCCACCACCCUGCCGGACCCCACGCGGGAGGUCUCCCUCCUGUCGGCCAAACUCACGGCCUCCUUCGUGCUGGAGACUCUCAUCCAUUCCAAGGAGAAGCCCACCAUGCUGCAGUGGAUCGAGCUGCUGACCAAACACUUCAACUCCAACCCCCAGGCCGACGAGUGGUUCCUGGACCACAUGGCCCAGGACGACUGGUGGCCCAUGCAGAUCCUCAUCAAGUGCCCGAACCAGAUGAUGCGGCAGAUGUUCCAGAGAUUAGUGGCGCACGUGAUCAACCAGCUCAGACCUCGACACGCCCCGUUAUAUUUACAGCCCGUGAUUGAAGGGGAGGGGAGUGUCGAGGACAUCGGUUGUUUCUCCUGUGUGACAAGAUUCAUCAAGAUGCUGCUGAGUCUGCUCGAGCACGGUGUUCGGCCCAACAGCAAACACCUGACAGAAUACUUCUCCCUGCUGCUGGACUUCGCACAGAAGGGGGAGGAGGAAAAACACUUCAUGAUCGCCAUAGAGGCCAUCUCCAUCAUGGCCAACUUUUACCUGGGCAACAAGUCUCCUGAUUAUGUAGAGGUUGUGUCUGAGGAUGAGGAGGAGGAAGAGGAUGAUGAUGUGAUCACCCUGCCGGAGGAGAAGUACCGCCCGACGUCACUGGAGAAGAUGAUCGCCCUGGUGGCCCUGCUGGUGGAGACGUCCCGCGCCGAGAGGCAGCUCAGCCUGUCACAGAACGACCUGGCCGUGCUCACCACUGGGAAGGGGUUCCCGUUCCUGUACCAGCAGGUGCGGGACAACAUCAACCUGCGGCAGACAUGUAACCUGAUCUUCAGCCUGACGCGCUACAACCCCCGCCUGGCCGAGGCCAUCGUGUCCAUGAUCUUCCACUCCAUCGCCAAGCUGAACCCCGACGGCUCGCAGCCCUUCUUCAAGCUGCUGUCCAUGCUGGUGGAGUUCCUGGGGGGUCCCCCGGGCAUGCCCUCCUUCACACAGCUCAUCCUCAACAGGAUAUGGGAUGUGACUGAGUACAACCCGCAGCAGUGUUUUGACUGGCUGGCUAUCCAGACACCACGUAACAAGCUAGUCCACGGCUGGGUGCUGCAGUCCAUGGAGACCUGGGCAGAGAUGUACCUACUGGCCUCCAGUAACAUCAGGGUCAGGAACUCUGCCGGGUUCCUGUUGGCUUCCCUGGUCCCCAACAACCACUUCAGACAGAUGUUCCGCUCGGCACGGAACCUCCACAGCCCCAACAAGGACAUCAUGAUGACACCUGAGGCCACCACCAUCCUACACCAGGUGUACUCCCUGCUCCUGCGCCUGUUGGGUCGUGCCCGGAUCUAUGCUGACCACACGGCCCACGGGACGGUCAAACUUGUGCAAUACUUUGCCCUGAUGACUUACUGCUUAGUGUCCAGAACAGAGAAGCUCAUGUUGACCAGGUAUGUGAACGACCUGUGGCAAGUGUUACAUCCUAAGCUGACAGAACCUGCCAUCCCCAUCAACCACAACAAACAGGCCCUGCUGCUGUUCUGGCAUCAUGCCUGUGUGGACUGCCCAGAAAACAUCCAGCUCAUCAUUCAGAACGCACACAUCACCAAGAACAUUCCCUUCAACUACAUACUAGCGGACCAUGAUGACCAGGAGGUGGUGGUGUUUAACCGGGGCAUGCUGCCUGCGUACUACGCCAUCCUGCGCAUGUGCUGCCAGAUGUCUGCUCAGUUCGCCCGGCAGCUGGCCUCCCACCAGAACAUGCAGUGGGCCUUCAAAAACCUCACACCGCACGCCAACCAGUACCCUGUGGCUGUGGAAGAGCUGUUCCACCUGAUGCAGCUGUUUGUUGCCAGGCGACCAGAGAUGACCAAGCAGGAACAGCAGGACAUCGCAGCCUUCAAACGUGCCACACUGAACUGCUACCUCAACUGUCUGGAGGGCAGGUCCUGCUGGACCACUCUCAUCAGUGCAUUCCGCAUCCUACUGGAGAGUGAUGAGGACCGGCUUCAGGUGGCCUGCCACAAGGGACUGAGUCUCAUGUGUGAGUCCUUCAACACAUUACACCUGAUGUUCCAUGAGGCCACAGCCUGCCAUGUGACAGGAGACCUGGUGGAACUGUUAGCCAUUCUCUACUCCAUACUGGACACCUGCACCAAGUACAUGGACAAAAAAGAAGUAAAGCAGGCCCUACUACAGUGGCAGGAGAAAAUGGAGCUGGGCAGGAAACUCAUGACCCUGCUCAACUCUUACACCCCUCCUGAAGUCAGACAACAGUGCUUCGAGGUUCUGCAGGUGCUGGUGUCCCUGUGUCCCCGGGAGUGUGCCCAGAGCUUCAUCCCCAUCCUGCAGCAUGCCCACGCCAACUUCCAGAGAACCAAUGUGCCAGGUAUUGUGGAACACUACCACAUGGCAUUCACCCUAGGACCGUUCUUCCCCCACCGUGGAACCAAGGCUGUUCCCAACAAGGCCAACAUCCGUCCUCCCCGCCCUGACAUGCAGAUGUUCCUCCACCCUAACCAGGCAGAGGCACACAGGGGUGAAGAUGAGAACUAUGACCGUGCUAUGGACGAGUUUUUCUACCCCUAUCACAAGUUCAUCGACAUCCUGUGCCGGGUGGCAGCUAACCACGAUCUCAUGCCUGAUGCCUUCAUCAACCUCAGUGCUUUGGUGGCCUAUGAAGGAGUCCCUCUCCACUACACCUUCUUCCCUCAGUUAUGGCUGGACAUUUAUAACUCACAGCACAUAGACAAGACGUACAUCAAGAGGCUGAUGUCGUCCCCGGCGUUUGCAGACUACGUGGACGCCAUCCUGAUGGAGGAGCGGGUCUGUCUGAACAACAACACCAUCUUCUCCUUCUUCGCCAUCUUCUUCCCAAGGAUUCACUCAGAAGGCGUGUGCAGUCAGCAGGUAGUGAGACAGUCCCUCCUGGAUAACGUGGUGACGGCUAUCGUAGCAGAGAAGACCAGUAUUGACACUGCCACACCAGAGGAGCUGCUCAAAACCUCGCGCAGUCUCAACGGGGACCUGCGUGAGCUGUCCCUGCUGCUGGGAGUCCUGGGUCAGACCCCCCUCAGCCCCAUGCUGCUGCCCAGUCUGCAGCACAUCCUGGCGACAGGCAAGCGCUACCAGCAGCUCCGAGACGGCGUGGCAGGGGAGGGCAAGGGGGAGGAGGACAAGGACAAGGAGGGCCAAGAAAAGGACAAGGAAGAGAAGCUGUCAGCUUCUAAGAAGGCGACUAGUAAAGAUGAAGUGAAGGAAACCGCUCAAGACUCAAGCACUGAGGGUGAGAGUGAUGAAACACCUGUCAAGAAAAUGAGGAUGAGUACAAAAUCAGAGGACAGCAAGCAGCCAAAACCGAGCAAGGAACCGACCAAAGCAGCGACCAAGCGUGCGCACUCGCCGCAGCCCUCCACUUCCACCGCCGCGGACCAGACGUCACCGCAGCUCAGCAGCGCGACCUCCGAGUCGGGAAGCGACUCCGACGUCUCCCCCAAAGCCAAGCCCGUCGGGCAGCGGUCGGGCCAGAGAACAGGUCCAGGGAAAGCUCAGGACGCGGUGGACCUGAUGGUGAAGCUGAUCGAGACCAACCUGCCACUCGUCGCCGCAAACACAGAACCGACCACGCCAACAGUCAGCAACGACAAGUGAUUACAAGAUAGACACCAGACGUGGUUCUUUUACGCUGUAAUAAAGAUUUCCGUAAAAGGGACAUUCAUUCAAGCGUGCACAAAAAUGUUGUCCACAUCAGAGGUUUACUCUGCUUUUCAGUUGUAUACUGGCACCUGUAUUGUAUUCCUUGAAGUGUAGCACAUUCAAUUUUGAAGAAUUAGUAAGACAGAACUUCCAGGGACUGUGUAUAUCAAUGGCAAUAUUUGUUUUGCAGAGUAUUGUCUCCUUUGUAUGAAGUGUAGUUCCACAGACAGCAGAGUUUACAUUCCUCAAAGACAAGUUUUCUUAUUGAGUUCCUUUUGUUGGACAUUAAUUAGUGUACGGAAAUAAUAAUUUAAUAGAACUACUUUUUAAAGAACAGAGAUAUUAUCGUAAAUUCUUUUCUCUGGGUAGGCUGUAAGAAGACAGUCACUAAUGGUCAGUACAGGGUUGACCAGGAGAAACGUGUUAUUUUGUACAGACUACAGACGUGUUACUUUGUCCAAAGGGAGCCAGUGUAAGUUCUCAGACAAAUUCUCCUAACUAAGCAGGUUUGCCUCUCCCGUGCUGAGUCAUGUAUGGAUCUGGAAUGGUACAUAUCCCACUUGGCUGAGGGGAGUGGCAAGUGGAUGAUGAUAACUUAAAAUAGGGAUUCUUUUGAGUCUGCAGCACCACCGCAGCAGACUCACACCAAUGUUGCAAUGAUGGGGAGGGGGGUGCACAGAACCUACUGUUGAUACCUUCCCUUGUGUUGUAAGUAUUGAAGAAAGGAACCUUUAUUUCAAGAGCCAUAUCCUUUGUGUAUCUUUUUCAGUUUAGUCGAUUGGAUAUUGCAAGUUAAUUUGUUGCAUUUUAAUAAAUGAUUGAUUCAGAUAUUCCCUA